AUGGCACCAAGUCUUGAUUCAGAUUUGCUGUGGCCACCAGGCACCGUUCGACUUGAAGACCUUCAACAGCCAAAUGCAACUGAUGCAGUUAUUCUACAACCGCAGCCGAGCAGGAAUCCAAAUGACCCAUUGAAUUGGUCUCCAUGGCGCAAACAUCUCAACUUCGGUCUUGUAUCCUUCUACGUAUUCAUGGUCUUUGCAAUCAUUGACUGUGCUCCCGUCACUUGGGGCCCCAUGAACAGACAAUUGGGCUUCAGUUACGCAAUAUUGAACGACAGCUAUGCUAUUGGCUGCGGCACUCUUGCCCUUGGCGGCCUUUUGCUCAUUCCAUUUGCGCUGAAGUAUGGCCGACGUCCGGUAUACCUGAUGAGCACUGCGAUCCAAUUGGGCAUGAGUAUUUGGACCGCCAAAAUGCAAACAGUAGCAGGUCUUCUGCUUAUCAAUGCCAUUAGCAACCUGGUAGCUGCUCUGGCCGAGACAAUGGUACAGAUGACUGUUGCGGACGUCUAUUUUGUCCAUCAGCGUGGGCUCAUGAACAGUAUUUAUCUCCUGAUGUUGACUAUGGGAGUGUCAAUUGCCCCUAUCGCUGCUGGCUACAUCACCAUAUUUGAAGGCUGGCGUUGGGUCUGGUGGUGGAUGGCCAUCUUUUUUGGUGCUGGAUUUCUCGCUUUUCUUUUCCUCUAUGAGGAAACGAAAUUCUCGGCUGCUACUGUCGGGAAUGACGGCACCUCCAGAGACCACGAAUCCAAGAAUAUAUCUGGCACCAACGUGAUGCAUCUUGAGGAAGCUGAUCUGGAAAAGCUUAACGAGAUAUGCCGCUCAGAACAGCAGCUCACUGCAAUCAGCGUUGACCAUUCGAUCCCAAGAAAGAGCUACAAGGAUAAGCUUGCACUCUUGUCCGUGUCACCCAUCUCAUUUUCACAGGUGGCCAAACAUAUGUAUGAGCCAUUUCUGAUGCUGUUUUUCUUCCCUGCGGUGGGCUAUGUCGGCCUGAUGUAUGGGUUCAUGACAGCGAGUAUUACCGUGACGAUCACCACCUACUCAUCCUGGAUGACCCUGCCACCCUACAACUUCAACGCGGCUGAAAUUGGCUUGAUGGGUCUUCCAGCGUUUAUCGGUACAGCUUUGGCAGCAGUCAUUUGUGGACCACUGAGUGACCAUCUUAUCAUCUACCUCUCUAAGCGAAACAAGGGUGUCUAUGAACCCGAGAUGCGAUUAUGGGUCAUUCUCAUGUUUGCCCCAUUUGUCCCUGCGGGUCUCCUCAUGUUCGGCAUCGGACUGAACAACGGCCAAGCUUGGCCGAUACUGGCUGUUGGGUUGGGUCUAGUUGGAUUUGGCACAACACCAGCCUGCAGCAUAAGCUUGACUUACCUCACGGAUGCAUAUACAGCGAUUAUUGCCGACUCAAUGGUUGGAGUCACCUUCAUUCGGAAUUCCAUCUCUACGAUUUUCGUCUUCGCACUGUCUCCUUGGAUUGUGUCGGCUGGGAUCAUUGGAUUCUACAUCUCGUUUUCAGUUAUUGUCAGUAUCAUUUUGCUGGCACUUGUGAUUUUUGUCUUCUUCGGUCGAAAAUUCCGGGUCAAAUCUGCGGCAAGGUACCGCCAUUUUGCUGAGAAGCAAAUUGACUCGCGAAAAGCAUAG